GGCGUGUCUCCGUCGGCGUCCAGCGCCUUCAGGCUGGCGCGGCGCAUGCGCGCUGCCGCCCGGGGCCUGCCUGGCAUUGUCCCGCGCGCCCAGCCCGGCCAUGGAGAGUCCCGGCCCGCCCUGAGGGGAAAUUUUGGCGCCACCGCAAUGGCGGCGGCUGAGGCGGCUGAGGCGAAGCUCCGCCGGGGCCGAGCGGCCGCCCGAGCCCGCCAAGCCGCCCUGUGGAGCCGGGCUCGGAGCCUCUGCCGCCGCCUCCGGGCUUUGCAGGCCCGCCAGGUGGAGCGGCACGUCCGGCAGCAGCUGGGCGGGCUGGGCGGGCGGACGAGCCCGACGCCGCGGCCUGGUCGGAGCGGCGGGCCCGAGCUGAGGCGUUUGGCGGCCGGCGCCUCGGCCCGCCUCCGCGCCGCCCAGCGGGGCUGCGACUCGGACGCCACCGAGAGCGCCUCCUCGGCCGCUUCCUCCUCCGCCUCCGCCGCCUCCUCGUCGGCCUCCUCUUCGUCGGGCUCCUCGCUGGGCAACUCCUCCUCGUCGUCGUCCGCCUCCUCGUCCGACAGCGAGGCUCCCCAGCCGGGCGCCCGGCCUCAGCGCAGCUCCCGGGUGGGUGAGGCUCCCCAGCCGGACCCCCGGCCUCAGUGCAGCUCCCGGGUGGGGCGACGGCUGGCGCAGCGCCAAUGGGCCCUGGAGCGAGCGGCCAUCAUCUGUCGCUGGACGUGGCUCCAGGCUCAGGUUUUGGACCUGGAGUAUCGGAUCAGGCAGCAGACCGACGUUUACAAGCAGCUAAGGGCCAACAAGGGCCCAGUCAUCCUGGGCAACCUCCAGCCGGACGAUGGGCUGAAACCGACCGGGCGCCUGGGCGCCCCGCCGGCCACGCUGAUGAACUCCAGGAGGAACCCGGCCCUGCCUCCCUCCUCCCCUCACCUCAAGGUGGCGCCCGGCGGCGUUUCGCCCUGCAUCCCUUCUUACCUCCUGCAAAACGCAGAUAAACAGAAUUCUCACCUCGCCCAGUCCUUGAGGAACCUGGUCUGUCAGAACCCCUCCUGCGCCCCCAUCAACGGCUCGCCGGAGCCCCCCAAAACCUGCACAACCCCCCAUCAAGUCAACGGGAUAAGCAACUGCUUGAGCGCCGUUACCUCCGGCGGCGGCAGCCCUCCGGAAGGCUCGGCCCCCGACCGGCACCUCAAGAGACCCGCGCCAGCCAAUCACAGCCUGCCCGCCGUGGCCUCCGCCCUGGACAGCAGCUGCGUGGCGGCCCGGAUCCGUCCCAUCUGCCGGUACAAGAAGCGUCGGCUGGUGAGAAUCCACUCCGUCGCCCACCUAAACCGAAAGCCGCCCAAGCCCCUGAGCCUGAGGUGCAGCUGCGAGCAGCCCAACUCCUGCGUCCUGUGCGAGUUCAAGGCCUCGCUCCCGGCCCUCCGCCCGGACACCCUGUCCCUGGAGGAGCGGAUCGCCCUGCUGGAUGCCGGCUUCCACCCCAUCCUCUCCUUCCCGCACGGCAACCCCCUGCAUUUGCACAUCGAGGCCUUGCUCCGAGAAGACCACUGGCCGAGCCCCAAACCCAAACCUCGGAAGCCGCCCCACGGCCGCUUGAAAGACCUGACCAACAGCGUCUGCUCCCCUUCGCUUGCCGCCGCUCCAGGGGCUCUGCUGAAAGGACUGGCCCGGUACCGCCUCUGCGCCCCUCAUCUUCCUCCUCGCAGCAAGCCCGGCACUUCGCACCCGGGGCCUUCUUUGUGCCUAGAAAACUCUCCCGGUCCAGCCGCCAGUAAUGUUCCGGGUCAUCCCGCGACGGCCGGCAGCUCAGCGCUGCCCGCCAAGAAGAAAAAAGUGGAGACUUCCUACGAUAUCAACAAUAUCGUGAUUCCGAUGUCUAUGGCCGCAGCGACCCGGGUGGAAAAACUUCAGUAUAAAGAGAUUUUAACCCCGAGCUGGAGAACAGUGGAUCCCAAAGAGUUGGUGAUCUUAGAAGAGGCCGACGCGCAGCUGGAAGACACGUCAGAUGAAACGUAUCUGAACCACCACCAAAAAUUUGAAGAGCUGGAACGGGCCCGCUGGGAUUCCUGGACGGGAACCUCCUCCCAGAGACGGGGAAACAGGAGCUCUAACAAAGCCGACGGGCGCUGGGUGCCUCCUCCCGGCUACCAGGAGAGCGGGCUGAAUAGUCUUCACUACCCGCCGGGCGCCAACUCACCCACCGCCUCGCUCAGCCCGGACCCUUCCAGCGUCCCGACGCCCCUCUUGUUCCGAGGGCGAGGCGGGAACUCCUUCAGCGAGGACUCGUCCUUCAGCGCCGACGAGAUCCAGAACGUGCCGCCUUGGGAACCCCGCACCUUCCCUCUUUCCGACGCAGAGCACCGGGCACUGCGGGAGCCCUCCCACAAAACCUUUGGCCAGCAGUGGGACGAAGCCUUGAGGACUAACCACCUCGACGACGCCGGCCUCCUGGCCAAGCGCCCGGCGCCUCCCGAGGACGGCGAUCGGCAGCGCCCGGCCGAACCUUUCGCCCCGCCCGCGCUGAACAACAGAUGACCUCUUGGGCCCCGGAAAGAAGACGUCGGGAGAGUCACACCCACACGCUAGAGAGGCCAUCACCGAGCUCGGCUGGCGAGCCAGGCGCCGGGAAAGUUGGGCGCAAAAACGGAGGCCCGUCUUUGGAUUCGGAGUGCCUCACGACCGGCGAGGAAGGGUCCAGCAGAGGGCCGUGAGCCGCUGAGCCUCUGUGGGGCGGGAGGAAGGGGCGACUUGGAUAAGCCCAUCGGAAGGUGGGAGAAUCCGAAGCACCACACCGGAAGGAAAAGUUAGGGGCUGCGGGAGACCCCCCCCACUCAAAAAAAGGGGGGGGAAGCUUAAGAGGCUGUAUCACACACCAAGAUGGGACGCUUGGGAACGGACGCCGUCGAAUCGGGACCUGGAAAGCAAGAGGGAAGUGUGGAUUGAUGGGCGAGAUGGAUUCGUGGAUGAUGGGCUUCGUUCCCCUGAGCUGCUGCGGUCGGGGGUUGGGGGCUUGCGAAGAGAGGGCGAUAAAUUUUCACACAAAUUUAUCCUUUUAAUCUACGCCGUUCUGGAGCCCGCGCUUUUCCCGAACGCGAAAUCCCGCAGUUCCGGAAUCGGCGGGUUUUGUUUUUUUUUCUUCUUCUUCUGCCUAACUUGGAAUCAUGGUUCUCCUGAUCUUGGGGGGGGGGGUUUCAAAACAACAAAAAGAAAAAAAAAGCAAUCAUGAUUGCCACCGGCGCUUUCUAGACUUUUCUCUCCAGAAAAGCGGUCGAUCCUACGCAGUUGUACGGAAAUGCUAAUUUAAUCAAUAAAAAGGAACUUGGACCGGAUGAAUUAACA